AUGGUUGUACAGACCGUUAUUCAUGGGUAUCCACCGAACACUGAUAAUGACACACAACUGAUACGGGUCCGACUGUUGCGCGGUCAGAAGAUUGGAAGACGUGAUCUGUUUGGCGUCUGCUCACCGUACUGUCUAGUCAGAUUGGAGAAUUCGAAUGGCGACGUUGUUGAUGAGGUUCAGGUGGAGACGAAGAGAAAGACUCGACAUCCCGUCUGGAACAGCGUCUUCACAUUCCGAGUGACCCGUUCGUGCCAGUUGAAACUGUUGGUUUAUGAUGAGAAUCGUUUGAGAAAAGACUCGUUGAUUGGAUUCGUGAGCAGAUCGAUGGAUGAUAAUCGCAUUUCUACACAAGCUCCUAAUCCAGAAGAAUAUCCAUUGGCAACGAGUUCAACGUCAUCGAAGGGAAAAAGCAUUGGAUCACUUCUGCUCACUUUCCACUUUGUUCCAUCGUCAUCUGACAACUCUCCAGCCGAUUCUACAAGUGAUCUACAACAACAACAAACUACAAGUCACGGAAUACCACAGGGAUGGGAAGAACGAGAGGAUGGAAACGGGCGGACCGUUUAUAUCAAUCAUGCAUUGAGAACGACACAGUUCACACCGCCCGAAAGUAUUCCAGACGGCAACACGGACGCCAUCACUGAGCAAUCGGUUAUUGAGGAGACACGUCGUCGACGGGAUAACUAUGAGCAUCGGAGUCAGGUCACUGAUGAGCCAUCCGACACGGCGGUGGUUAGCAAUGAGUUGACAGCGGUUAGUUUGGGUUAUUUUGCCAGACAAAUCGACGACGCAAUGCGAGCGAACUUUGAGCGUGGUGGUGGGCAUGAUGAAGAGGAAGAGGACGAUUUGAGACUACCCGAUGGAUGGGACAUGCAAGUGGCACCCAACGGUCGAACGUUCUUCAUCGAUCAUCGAACCAAAACGACGACGUGGACAGAUCCACGUACCGGAAUCGCAGCACGUCUUCCAGUUCGAGGUAAAACCGACGAUGAGAUUGGAGCAUUGCCACCCGGAUGGGAGCAACGAGUACACGUGGACGGUCGAGUGUUCUUUAUCGAUCAUAAUAGAAGACGGACACAAUGGGAGGAUCCGAGAUUCGAGAAUGAGAAUAUUGCGGGGCCAGCGGUACCGUACUCCAGAGAUUAUAAGAGAAAGGUCGAAUACCUUCGUUCCCGUCUGCCAAAACCCAACAGCAACAGUGGAAAGUGUGAUAUGGUUGUGCAUCGUGACACACUUUUCGAGGACUCGUAUCGUCAUAUCAUGGAUAAGAAGGACUACGACCUCCGCAAUAAAUUAUGGAUUGAGUUCUUUGGCGAGACGGGUCUGGAUUACGGUGGUGUGACGAGAGAGUGGUUCUUUUUGCUGUCCCAUCAGAUAUUCAACCCGUAUUAUGGACUCUUUGAGUACUCUGCAACUGACAACUACACUCUACAAAUCAACCCCCAUUCGGAAGCAUGCAAUCCCGAGCAUUUAUCGUAUUUCCAUUUCAUUGGUCGUAUCAUUGGAAUGGCGAUUUAUCAUGGAAAACUGCUCGAUGCGUUCUUCAUUCGUCCGUUUUACAAGAUGAUGCUUGGCAAAAAGAUUACGCUUUUCGAUAUGGAAUCUGUGGAUAACGCCUAUUACAACUCGUUGAUCUAUGUCAAGGAUAAUGAUCCAGCGGACCUAGAGCUAACGUUCUCCCUAGAUGACUCAAUUUUUGGAGAGACUCAAAACGUGGAAUUGAUACCCGGUGGAGCGAAUGUUGCGGUGACGGAAGAGAACAAGGAGGAGUACAUUGAAGCGGUGAUUAGUUGGAGAUUUGUGAAUCGGAUCGAGAAACAAAUGAACCAAAUUCUGAAAGGAGUACAAGAGGUGGUCCCAUCCAACCUUCUACGUCUGUUUGAUGCCAAUGAGCUCGAGUUGUUGAUGUGUGGACUUCAGAAAAUUGAUGUUAAGGAUUGGAAGGCGAAUACUAUUUACAAGGGUGGCUACGGACCCAGCAGUCAAGUGGUACACAACUUUUGGAAGUGUAUUCUCUCAUUUGACAAUGAGAUGAGAGCUCGUGUCUUGCAAUUUGUCUCUGGAACGUCUAGAGUUCCGAUGAACGGAUUCCGAGAGUUGUAUGGAUCGAAUGGACUUCAAAAGUUUACGAUCGAGCGUUGGGGAAGUGCCGAUAUGUUGCCAAGAGCGCAUACAUGCUUCAAUCGCCUCGACCUGCCGCCUUACACAACAUUCAAAGAACUCAAAUCAAAACUGUUAACGGCUAUUGAAAACUCGGAAAUCUUCUCAGGAGUUGAUUAA